AUGCCGAUACUCUGCGCAUGUGAGUUUUCUAACACUCAAGGAAACCGUAGAACUCCAUGGGUGGAAGCCUAUCUUUUCCUCAGCUUGGCUUUCGAUAUCGUUAUCUUUCUCACCAUUAUAUAUACGACAUUCCGAGCAGCACGACAUUUCACGUUGACACGCAUCAUGCAUGUGAUCCGACGAGACGGGAUCAUUUACUUCUUCACUCUCUUCUCUUCGAAUCUGGUGUGGGCUCUCCUCCUACUGCAUGCUAGGGUAUGUUCUUCGUUUUUCUCAAACUGA